GAUGAUUGUUGGCUUCUUUUGUCGUGUUGUUUUACCUCUGUAUUCACACAAAUAUCCGUCAACACAUGUACUUGUCCGACAGACGCCUGCACUGGGAAAGCAUUUAAGCGGCCGCUCGCGGAGCAGCACAUCUGUCAAUCACCCUUUGCAUUAACAGUACUGCCAUGAGCUUCAGCUUGUUGGCUUGAGCAUCCCAGAUCCUUUGACUGUUGCCAUAGAGAUUUGCCGCUGAAUCCGAGAAAGGUUUCAUUAUGUUGUCUUCUUCUCAAGGGAAACUGGUCAGAAACGGCGAGGGGAAGAAAUCAGUGAUUUGGUUGGAGGGAAAUAUUGCAAGUGGAAAGACAACAUGUCUGGAAUACUUCAGCAAAACCAGUGACAUUGAGGUGCUAACAGAGCCUGUGUCUAAGUGGAGAAAUGUACAAGGAUGCAAUCCAUUGGGACUGAUGUACCAGGACCCAUCUAGAUGGGGACUCACUCUUCAGACCUAUGUCCAGCUGACGAUGCUGGAUCGGCAUGUCUUACCAAUGUCAGCACCAAUCAGAAUGAUGGAGAGAUCUAUUUACAGUGCAAAGUACAUUUUUGUGGAAAAUCUUUACAAAAGUGGAAAGAUGCCGGAGGUGGACUUUGCUGUUUUAAGUGAAUGGUUUGAGUGGAUCGUAAAGAAUAUUGCUAUUCCUGUGGACCUUAUUGUUUACCUGCAGACGUCUCCACAGACUUGCUACGAAAGACUAAAGCAGAGGUGCAGAGAGGAAGAGAAGGUUAUUCCCUUGGAAUACAUAGAAUCAAUCCAUAACCUCUAUGAGGACUGGCUCAUUCAUCACAAGUCGUUUGAGGUUCCUGCUCCAGUUCUGGUAAUGCCAGCAGAUCAUGACCUUAAGAAGAUGCUGCAUCAGUUUGAGGAGAACAGAGAGAAGAUACUAAUGGCAAAUUGCUGAGUUUAAGAUCUGAGACAAUGACGAACAUAUCAAUCCAUUCAUGCGUCUUCAGCUCUCAUUGAGACAGAUGAAGCAAGCAUUUUUUUUUUUACUUGAAACUGGAUUUACAAACAUUCCUCCUGCAAUGGACAGUUGAUUUUUUUUUUUUUUAUAGUAGGAAUUGUAAAUUAGUUCAUAUUAUAUGGUGUUUUAUUUCAAUCCUGCCUUUUAUGAUUAUUAUUUUGCAUUUGCAAUCUUUGCAAACUCGGUUUAGGCACUUAACAGGAGACACAGUCUUUACUUUUAGUCUUGUUUAUGGAAGCAUUCCCUAUUACCUAAAACUGCUGCACUUGGAAACAUUUCCAGUGGCUAUUUUGUUAUGUCAGUAGACGUUUUAAAUUCUAAAUGGCAAUUCCAAAGCGUGCAAAUAUACUGUAUGUGAUUUAGUCCUGCAUUUUACAGUGAAAUCAUCAUGAAUUCAGUUCAUCCUGCUGCUUGCAUACAGUGUCACUAACAAAUACAGACACUGUGGUUAGUUUACGUUACUGAAGGUGUUAUUGUGACCAAUGUAAUUUAUACUGCAUAAGGCACUGUUUUAAAUAAACUGGAAAAAAAUGAUUGGAAAA